AUGAGCACCACGGCAGAGCACAGUAGUCCGCGCGCCCCUGGCAGCCCCGGAACCCGCAUGCCGCCGGCUUACCCUGAAGCGACGUUCACGGUGGAGCUGGUGUCCCCGCGCUACGUGCUGCAGGGGCAGUCGGUGCAGCUGCGCUGCGAGUACGACGUGCAGAGGGAGCAGCUGCACAAGGUCGAGUGGUUCCACGGCGCCAAGAAGAUCGUCCAGUUCAUCACCGGCCGCAAGCCGCCCUUCAAGUACUUCGACAUACACGGUGCCGUCAUAGACCGCAACGUGAGCGACGAGAACCACCUGUGGCUGCGCGACAUGCGGUUCGAGGCUUCGGGCCUGUACUCGUGCGAGGUGUCCACGCAGGCGCCCAUCUACACCAAGCGCUCCGACGAGAGGGAGCUCGCCGUCAUACAGCCGCAGCAGGACGCGCCCCAGGUGUGGGCGAGCAGCGAGUCCUACCAGCCCGGGGAGACGCUCAGCGCCAACUGCAGCUCGGCGCCGGCCCGGCCCGCCCCCAGCCUCGAGUGGCUCGUCAACGGCCUCACGGUGGGUACCUGCUACCCCUAG